AUGGAAAAAAAAAAAGGUUGCCAUUAGUGACAAAAUAAAUUUUAUUUAUACAAUUUAUUUUUUCUAUUAAUGGAAAAAUUUUAUAUUUUAUAUUCUCAAUUAUAUUGAUAUUUUAUUUAUUUUUUUUUUUAAAUUUUUAUAUAUAAAGGAAAAAAAAAAAAUCAAAAAACUAGAUAAUAUAUAUUUUUGAUAAUAAAAUUAUCAUAAUUAUGUCAGGAUUGAAACUCAAACAAGCUGGUUCAAGUGGUAAUAUUUCUGAUGUUGAUGAAAAAACCCGAAUUUUAAAAACAACAAGAUCAGCGACACAUGGUAGAUCACCAUCAGUGACUGGUGUUAAAAGUAAAAUUCCAAAAAAUGUUAAUCAAAAUCGUGGUGGUAUAUCGGCCAAAUCAGAUGAAAUGGCUCCAGAGAUAUUUCCAGAAAGACCAAAUUCACAGGGUAAUUUACCAGGAAGAAGAUCAAUUUCACGAAAUGGACGUCCAAUUACAGCAAAACAAAAAAGUUCAGCAUUAGGAAUGCAUAGACGAUCAUUAGAAAGUAAAAUUCUUGCACAAAAACAUUCAUUGAUGAUAUUAAAAAAAGACAUUGACGAAAAACAAAAAAAUGCAAUUGAAUUGGUUAAAAAAAUGAAUCAAUUAAGAGAUAAAUUAAUUGCUGCUGGUGGUGAUGAUCCUGGUAAAAUUGAUUCAAUAAAAAUAUUUACAGAUCAACCAAAUAUAAUUGAUAAUGAUAAAUCAAUGAUAACAAGUUUAAAAAAAGAUUCAACAAUAACAAAAGAAUUAAUUUUUAAAAUAAAAAAUAAUUUAGAUAAAGAAACAAAUGGAGUAUUAGAAUUUUAUCAAAUUGAAUUUAAUAAAAAUUGUGAAUUAUUAAAAAAUUUAUAUGAUUAUUUUAAAGAUAAUGAUUUUAUUAAACCAGAAAUAUUACAACAACUUAUUGAUCAUAAAAAUAAUGAAGAUAAUGUAAAUUUAAAUUUAAAUUUAUCAAAAAAAAAAUAUGAUGAUAUUAAAUUAAAUUUAGAUGAAAAAAUUGAUGUAAUAUGGAAUGAAAUUGAAUCAUCAUAUUCAGAAAUUGAAAAAAUUUCAUCAGUUGGUAGUGAUGUCAAUGAAAUGCGACAAAAAUUGAAUGAACAAUUUGAAAAUAUUAAAAAUAUAAAUGAUGAAAAAAUAUUAUUAAAUGAUAAAUUAAAUUCACAAGAAAUAAAAAUUAAAGAAUUAGAAAAUUUGAAUUUGAAUUAUUUAAAGGAAAUAAGUAAAGUUGAGAUUAAAUUAAAAGAAGAAAAUUUAUUGAAUGAAAAAAAAAUUAAAUCAUAUGAAGAAUUACUCAAACAUAAUGAAGAAAUUAUUCAAGAUUUAACAAAAAAAUUGGAAGAGGCAAAAUUAAAUAAAGAAAAUGUAAUUGUUAAAGAAUCAAUUGAUAAAAUAAAUAAUGAUGAUAAAAUUGAAAUUGAAUCAUUAAAAGAAAAAUUAAAAAUGCUUGAAGAAACUUGUAAUGCUAAAAUUUUAAUGGAAAAGAAAAAUUUAUCAGCAAAAUAUCAAGAAAAAUUGAUAAACAAAGAUAAAGAGCUGAAAGAUUUAAAAACUGAGCUUCAAAAAAUUGAUAAAACUUAUGAAAUUGCUGAACAAUCAAGAAAAAUUAAAUCAUUAGAAAUUGAGGUUGAAAAAUUAAAUAAAAUUGUUUGUGAAAAAGAAAAACAAUUAUUAAGAUGUGAUGAAAUUAUUUCAAUUUUAAAAGACACUGAUGAAAGUCAAGGAAAUUCAAAACAAAUGAAAAUAAGUGAUAUAAUGAAAACACUUGAAGAAAAAAUAAGUCAAAUAAAUAAUCUUGAAAUAAUUGUUAAACAAUUUGAAAAUCAAGAACGUAGUUCACAAGAACAACGUACACGUCUUGAACGUAGAAUUGCACAAUUGGAACUUGAAAAAAAUUAUCAAAAUAAUAAUCGGAAUAAAAAAUUCGGCAUUAUAUAAAGAUAACAAGUGUCUCUGUAUUUCUGAUUUUGUAUCAUCAAAAAUUCAUCUUUUGGGUGUUGUUUUUUUUUAUAAAAUUAACAUUUUAAAAAAUUGUAUUUAAUAAAUUUUCUAAUAAUGAAAUAAA